GGGCUCUGGCCCCGCCUCUUCCGGCCCCGCCUUCUCUAAGAUGGCGGCGCCCGACUUGGAGCAGGUGCUGUCCGAGCUGCUCGAGCCCGACAGUGACGCCAUCCGCCGGGCCACCGCCCGCCUCCGCGAGGCCUUCGCCGACCCCGGGACCCCCGCGCGCCUCGCCCUCCUCCUCACGGCCGCGCCCCGCCCGCAGGUGCGGCAGCUGGCGGCGGUCCUGCUGCGGCGGCGGCUGCUGGGGCGAUGGCGGCAGCUGGAGCCGGGCCUGCGGCACAGGCUCCCGACCCUCUUGGCUGAAGCCCUGGAGCGGGAGACAGAGUGAGCGCUGGCGGCGGGGGCUUCGGGGUGUCCCCCCCUCCCACAAUGGCGGGUUUUGGGUGUCCUUCCCCAAAAAACGGCGGGUUUGGGGUGUC